AUGGGCCAAGGCUUCUCUCUGGCGACGCCCUCCGCGGGCUCUGCGGGCAUCGAUAUACCCGAGCUCUCUGAUCUAGUGUACGAGAAGAGCAUCGGGAAUGCGCGCUUCAUGAAAAGCAUACGCGCGAGGCAUCAUGAUGGAGUCGCUCUGGUCAAAGUACUGGUAAAGCCGUAUACUCCGAUGCCUCUGGGGAAGUACAAACGCGACAUAGAGGAGCAACGCAGCGCUCUGGUUGACGUGCCAAACGCACUGGGCUUCCACCGCAUCGUCGAGACCGAAACGAACGGCUACCUCGUCCGACAGUUCCUCUACAACUCCCUUUACGAUCGCAUGAGCACCCGUCCAUUCCUGGAGGAUAUCGAGAAGAAAUGGCUUGCUUUCCAGCUGUUGUGCGCUCUGCGCGACUGCCAUGCUCGAGAUAUUUACCACGGCGACAUCAAAACGGAGAACACGCUGGUGACAGCUUGGAAUUGGCUCUACCUCUCCGACUUCUCUGCUCCCUUCAAGCCCAUCCUGCUACCCGACGAUAAUCCCGGCGACUUCUCAUACUACUUCGACACAUCCGGGCGACGAACAUGUUACGUAGCGCCCGAGCGUUUCGUCGCGGCGGAGGAGGUCAACAGCAAGGACGCGAAGCUUACGUGGGCCAUGGAUGUCUUCAGCGCCGGCUGCGUCAUUGCCGAGAUGUUCUUAGAGUCGCCCAUAUUCACACUCAGCCAGUUGUACAAGUUCCGCAAGGGCGAGUACGACCCAGUCAUAUCGCAAAUAAGCCGUAUUCCGGAUAAGGACUUGCGGGACAUGAUAUCGCACAUGAUUCAGCUCGACCCGGAGCGCCGAUACUCUGCGGAGCAAUAUUUGGACUUUUGGAAGAAGAAGGUCUUUCCCGAGUACUUUUACAAUUUCCUUCACCAAUACAUGGAGUUGAUUACGGAUCCUUCAUCUGGGAACAGUCCUAUAUCUGGUGCGACAAGGAAUCUGGGAGAGGCGGACGACCGCAUCGACCGCGUUUUUCUUGACUUUGACAAGAUAUCCUACUUCCUCGGUUACACAAACGACAAACGCCCGAUGCCAGCCGAACCCCUGGCCGGGAAGCUAGGGCUCGGCCACUUUCCCAUUCGCCUCAACAUACCAAACCAUGAACAAUACAUCACCGGGACGUCCGACCCGCCUGAAGACGACGGGACUUUAAUCUUCCUCACAUUGAUUGUCUCGUCCCUUCGUAACACGGCCAGGGCGGCGUCAAAAAUAAGAGCCUGUGAUAUUCUGCUAGCAUUCUCUGAGAGAAUCACGGACGAAGCAAAGCUGGACCGCGUAUUACCGUACCUCAUAACGCUUCUUAAUGAUAAGUCGGAACUUGUGGUAAUCGCCGCGCUGCGCUCAAUAUCACAGUUGUUACAUCUAGUCCGAGUGGUGUCUCCUGUCAACUCGCACAUUUUUGUUGAGUACAUCUUACCACGACUGCAAAGCGCCUUAAUUGCGCCAUCGAAACCAGCUAGCCCGCUGGUGCGAGCAACUUAUGCGUCGUGUAUCGGAAGUCUCGCGACCACAGCUGCCCGGUAUUUGGAGUUGGCGGCAACCCUUAAGUCGGACGGAACCUUGACAGUGGCUGACCCUGAGCUCGAGCCAGGAAUUGAAGCCAAUGCUGCCUUUGAUGGACUGUUUGACGACGCGCAACGUGAGCUCUACGAAAUGUUUGAGCUCCAUACGAAGGCACUGGUGGAGGAUUCGGACGUCUCUGUUCGCAGGGCAUUUUUGACUUCCGUGCCCGACUUGUGCCUCUUCUUUGGCCCCGCAGAGGCAAACGACAUUCUUCUGACCCAUUUGAACACCUACUUGAACGACCGAGAUUGGAUGUUGAAGUGUGCCUUCUUCGAAACUAUCGUCAGCAUUGCCAGCGUGGUGGGAAGCGUCAGCCUCGAGGAAUUCAUGCUACCGCUUAUGGUGCAAGCCUUCACUGACCCAGAGGAGUUUGUAGUACAAGCAGCUCUGCAUUCUUUGGCACAGCUGGCGCGGCUCGGGCUCCUUUCAAAAACCAAAAUUUGGGAGCUGAUAGACGUUGUUGCACGAUUUACGAUGCACCCCAACCAAUGGAUCCGGGAAUCUGCGACGGAGUUCUUGUCUGAGACGACUCGUUUCUUGUCGCCAGCAGACGUGAGGUGCAUCGUGUAUCCUCUGGUCAAGCAGUACCUUAAAACAGGAAUGGUUCCUGCGUUUUCAGAGCUUAGUCUGUUGGACGCUCUGAAGCGGCCGAUGUCGAGAGCGGUAUUUGAUCAGGCCUUGGUUUGGGCUCUCAAGACCGACAAGGGCGUCUUCUGGAAGCUGACGCAGCAGCUCAGGUCAUUCUCGUUUGGAUCGCUCCCCAAGACUAUUAGCAGCCGGUCGUCUAAGGAUACACUGAGCAAAGUCUCCCGGAACGAUGAAGACGAGCUGUGGCUUGGACGUCUUCGAAAUCUUGGCCUCGGACCGGACGACGAGUUCAAACUCCUUGUGUUGCGAGAGUUCAUCUGGCGGAUCAGCAAAAUGAAAUCUCGGGAUGGCAUGGACGGCGAACCGGCCAAGUUCAAUGAAGUAAUCUCCCUGAAGAGCCUCGGCAUCACUCCGCAGACCGUGUUCUUUGACGAGGAGCCCCUGCAGCAGUCCACUUUCACUCCUGAGUCAAAUCAAAAAGGACCGUACACUAUUGCGGAUGCUCUUCUGGAUGCCUCCAUGACAAUCGAUGACUCAACGGGAAGGAGACGAUUUGCAGCUCUUAACAGUCUCCGUACUCGCGUAGUAGACGACCAGGGCUCUUCUUCGCGUGAUGUUUCCCGUGUGAGAGAGAUUGACCCUGCCAGCCGCGUAUCGACUGGGCAGGGCAAGCUUACGGUCGGAAGCCCAACGGACGAUGGGGCCUCGGUCCAUGACCAGCCGUACGCAACUCGGAGGGCCAUCCGCCAUCAGGCCAGCGCUCUAAGCCUUCUGGACCGCAGAGACAGCAACAAGAGCGUGCCGGAGACUGGCAUGUCGGGAGCAAAUGCCUUUGGCCAAGUGGAGGGCCCGUUUGCCCCGGCUCCUCUUUCUCGGCCAAACAUACAGGAUCGACGAACCAGUACUACGAGUGUUGUGACCAAACUAAAGCCAAACCAUUCCUACGAGGGAACCGAUCCCAGCAUUCUCAAAAUGCUCGACUCAAUGUACCAGGACAACUAUCCGCACGACAUCGCCGAGUUUGGACCGAUGGUAACCCCUAUUACACGCCGGAAAACCAAUCGCUCCGUGGGUCAACCAGGCGACGAGCCAUGGCGCCCACAUGGCCGGAUGGUUGCCACGUUUGCUGAACACACUGGCUCAAUCAACCGCCUGGUGGUGUCGCCAGACCACGUCUUCUUCAUUACAGGAGGUGAUGAUGGGACUGUCAAGGUCUGGGACAGUGCUCGGCUCGAGAAAAAUAUCACCCACCGAUCAAGGCAAACUCACAAGCACGCCGAUGGGGCCUCGGUGCUCGCGCUCUGCUUCAUCGAGAAUACGCAUUGUUUCAUCAGCUGCGCCAGUGAUGGAAGCGUUCAUAUUGUCAAGGUCGAAACCGUCGUGGCAAGUGGCACACUGCGAUAUGGCAAACUUCGCCUUCUCCGGGAGUAUCAGCUGCCAGAGGACGAGUGCGCAGUGUGGUGUGAGCACUUCAAAGUGGAAUCCACCUCGGUGAUGCUUCUAGCAACGAAUCGCUCCAGGAUCCUCGGCAUCGAUCUCCGAACCAUGUCGCUGCUGUAUACGCUGGAGAAUCCUGUCCACCACGGGACACCUACGUGUUUCUGCGUUGACCGCAAGCGAAACUGGCUCUGCGUGGGAACGACUCACGGGGUCAUAGACCUUUGGGAUCUGAGGUUCCGGAUGAGACUCAAGGGGUGGGGCGUCCCAGGCAAGAGUUCCAUCUACAGACUAUGCAUUCACCCAAGCAAGGGUAGAGGCAAAUGGGUCUGCGUCGCUGGCGGAACUGGCCAGGGCGAAGUCACCGUCUGGGAUCUGGAACGCACGAUUUGCAGAGAGAUUUACCGUGUUGGAGGUAAUAAGGAGGGCCCAAAGGGAUAUGAGCCCUGGGAGGUGGAUGAGGACAAGCCUGAGGGCAUGCUUGGGCGCUUCGCUACCAACAUUGAGCCGAGCGGAACCGGAAACACGGAUCGCGGUGUUCGUGCCAUGGUGGUAGGCACAGGCGCCUCGGAGGAUUCGCGCGAUGUACGGCAUGCGUUCAUCGUCACUGCGGGAUCGGACAAGAAGCUCCGAUUUUGGGACCUGUCUCGCAUAGAAAGCUCCGUGGUCUACAGCGGGCUGCAAGGGGAGGACCCGAAGCCCACGUUUACGGCCUCUCAUCCGACAACGGCCAUGACGUUGAACACGGAGAGGAUCCCACGACAAGCGCCCACGGCCCCUAAUGCUGCGCAGCAGCAACUUCUACGAUCUCACUUGGAUUCGAUUAUGGAUGUUGCGCUGCUGGAACUCCCAUACAGCAUGACGCUAUCGGUGGAUAGGUCCGGAGUGGUGUUUGUGUUUUCAUAG